AUGCUCCUUCCGCUGGAGCGCGAGUACAAACUUGACGCCCCGCCUCCUUUGAGCCCCGCGCAGAUGUCGGCCAGCAUUAAGCGUCUUCAGGGCGCUGCUCCCAAGACUGGCUACGACGACGCGGCCAUUGAAAGCUACCAGAAGUUCGUCGCGCUCCGCCGACAAGGCGCGCUACAGAAGGGUGUGCGCUUCCAGGUCUGCUUGCCCUCCUACUUCAACAUCGGACACUGGAUGGUACCCGAAUUCCGCGGCGAGGGCUCGGCCAUCUACGAGGAGGCGCUCCUUCGCGACAUGCGCGCCCUUCAGGAUGCCAUUCCGCACGAAGAUUUGGCCAUUCAAAUCGAUCUUGCCGUGGAUACGGCGAUAUGGAUUGGCUAUGAACACACGCCGCCGUGGUUCCAUGAACAGCCCGGCGAGUUGGAGCAGCGGAGGCAGUACAUGAUCGAUCACACUGUGCGGAUGAUUUCCCUCAUUGAUCCAGAUGUCGAAGUCGGCAUCCACAACUGUUAUGGCGACUUGGACCACAAGCAUUUCGUCGAACCCGAAUCGCUAGCGGUGAUCGCGGAACGUGGGCUUCGACUCUUCGAGAAGACGCCGCGUCGCAUUGACUUCUUCCACGUGCCGGUCCCUCUGAGUGCGAUGGACAAGUUAGACUCGUACUUUACCUCCAUACUACCGCUCCUCCCCAAGUUCGCAGAGCAUGGCACGGAGCUGUAUCUAGGCUUGGUCCAUCCCAAUGACUUGGAGGGCACGAAGAAGCGAAUCGAAGCGGCAAAAACGGCCCUGGGCGACUUCGACUUUGGCGUGGCGACGGAAUGCGGCUGGGGGCGAACACCGUCCCACGAGAUUGCGAGCAUCAUGGAGAUCUCCAGAGAGGUUUCCGAAGCUGUCAUUCCCGCCGAUGAUUAA